UUACAGGCUGUAGUUCAUGGUCAACACCCUAAUUCAACAAUUAAAUACCUAAAUCCACAUGAAAAGGUUACUGUCAGUACGUUGUCUGAGAGUAACAUUUUACAAAAUGCUGUAACAGAAUCUGCGCCUGAAGACAAAUCAGGAAGCACAUUUGGAGAAUUAAAAUAUACCAAAAACGACGUGAAAAGCCAAAACAAAGUAACUACCGACUCGGUAUCACUUGAAGAAAGUACUGUUAACGGUAGAUCAGAGGUUAAGACUAAUAUAAAGCAAACUACUUCUGUUGGAGUACAACAUAUCAAUAUAGACAAAACAACUCGUCUACCAAAACCAAUUCAUUUUCCAGGAGAUCAUGCGGAUAUGUAUUCGAACAGCUUAUUUCUGCAGGGUCACGUGUUCGGGUUGCGUGAUGACCUCAUAAACAUGAUCCAUAUGUCAUUGUCGUCUGGCAACACCUUUAUUCCUGUUGAGGCUCUCAGAGUAGAUCCAUUAGAAAGUUCAUUCGAAGAAAUGGGUUACGAAGGGGAAAAAUACACUCAGAUCCGGUAUGUGGUAAGCUACAACGGUCAGCCAAUCCAUACUGAAGUUAUUACAAGGUUAAUGAGCUCGCCAAAAGUUUCUCAUCAUUUCAAAAAGCAACUUGAUGGCAGGCAACUUCGUGAAUACAAGGCAGCUAAAUCAAUUAAAAAGGAGACAUGGACACAUAAACAUCUUGUUGCCAUUGUUGUACCAUCAUGUGUUGCUUUUGUUAUCAUUCUUGCGGUCGUAUUUGCUGUUGCAAGAAAAAGACGUGUAGCAACAUCAAAGAUGAUGGAGCAGAAAAAGAAAUCUUGUAAAUCUAAUGUUGUGUCUGACAAGAAGUGUCCACCACCACCACCGUACAGUGUUGUUAACCCUGCCUAUAACUUUGAAACAAAUGCUGUCAUGGAAGGCUAUACUGAGCCGUAAAAGUAGCGGCGAAAUUCAGACUUUGUAUGAUAAUGUUCAAAUCCUUGUUAUUUGUUUUAAAAUUUUAUGUACGUUCUAAAAACUUCUUAUGUAUAUCAAACCCCAUGCCAUGCAUCUUACAAACAGUCGAAUGAUAAUUUAGGCACAUUAUGCCUAAGAAAUAAAUAAUUUUUACUUCUUUAGAAAUGUCAA